AUGUCAACCACCGUUGGCGCCUUCAUUGCUGGCGGCAUCGCGGCCUGCGGCGCUGUAACCGCGACACACCCGUUUGAGACAGUUAAAAUUCGCAUGCAGUUGCAAGGCGAACUUCAGAAUAAGGGCCACCAGCCUCACCACUACAGAGGACCGAUCCACGGCGUGAGCGUUAUUGUACGCAACGAAGGAUUUAGGAAAAUUUACCGCGGUAUCGGCGCUGCCUAUAUCUAUCAAAUCCUCCUCAAUGGCUGCCGUCUGGGCUUCUAUGAUCCCAUGCGUAAUGCGCUCGCCAAAUUCUUCUUCAAAGAUGGAAAUGCUCAAAAUCUGGGCAUCAACAUGUUCUGCGGUGCAGCUUCCGGAGUUAUCGGUGCCGCGGCUGGCAGUCCAUUCUUCCUUGUAAAGACCCGUCUUCAGAGCUUCUCGAAAUUCAGGCCGGUUGGUACUCAGCACCAUUACACGGGCGCAUGGCAUGGCUUCAAGUCUAUUUACAGUACUGAGGGUGUUGGUGGUCUCUACCGUGGUGUGCAAGCUGCUAUGAUCCGAACCGCCUUCGGUAGUUCAGUUCAGCUUCCGACAUACUUCUUUGCAAAGCGACGUUUGGUUCGCCAUCUUGGCAUGGAGGAGGGUCCCGGUCUGCAUCUGGCUUCUAGCGCCAUCAGCGGUUUUGUCGUCUGCUAUACGGUCAUGUCCCGUAUGUAUAAUCAGAACGGUAAUCUUUACACAAGCGCCGCCGACUGUUUCGCAAAGACCAUCCGCUCCGAGGGUAUUUUCGCUCUAUACAAAGGAUUCUUCCCUCAUCUUGCACGAAUUCUACCCCACACAAUCCUUACUCUCAGCUUAGCUGAACAGACCAACAAGCUUGUACGAAAGAUCGAAGGCCGUAUCCUCCCUAGCCGAAUGGACAUGGCAACCUAG